AUGCUGAGCAUCUACAAAAUCCCACAGACUCUGCCUCCUUCCAGGUGUGUGGAAAGUUGUCAGUCUGGAUUUUUCAUGGUGCACCAGGAAGGGAAGCCCAUUUGCUGCUAUGACUGUGUUUUCUGUGCAGAAGGGACUUUCUCCAAUCAGGAAGAUGCAGAUCAUUGCAGGAAAUGUCCAGAAGAUCAGCAUCCAAAUAACUUACGAAAUAAAUGUUGUCCUAAGGAAAUAAAUUUUCUGGCCUACAGUGAAUGUCUGGGGAUCAUCUUGGCUUCAAUUGCACUCUUCUUCUCUUUAAUUACAGCCUUUGUGUUAGCAAUCUUUCUGAAGCACACAAAAACUCCCAUUGUCAAAGCCAACAACCAGGCCCUUUCGUACAUCCUCCUGGUUUCCCUCCUUCUUUGCUUCUUGACCUCUUUCCUGUUUAUUGGCCAGCCAACGAGAGCCACUUGCCUUCUCCAACAAACUGCCUUCAACAUCAUCUUCUCAAUUGCUGUCUCUUCUGUCUUGUCCAAAACAAUCACAGUUGUACUUGCUUUCCUGGCCACAAAGCCAGGGAACAGCAUAAGGAGAUGGCUAGGGAAAAGAUUGGCCAAUACCAUAGUACUUUGUUCUUCCAGUGUCCAGGUGGUCAUCUGCAGCAUCUGGCUGGGAGUGUCCCCCCCAUUCCUUGAGUCUGACAUGCACUCCCAGACAGAAAAGAUUACCCUUCAGUGUAAUGAAGGGUCUCGUUCCAUGUUUUAUGGUGCCCUUGCCUACAUGGCUUUCAUGGCUGUAAUUUCACUCGUGCUGGCUUAUCUGGCCAGAAACCUACCUGGGGCUUUCAAUGAAGCCAAGCUGAUCACCUUCAGCAUGCUGGUCUUCUGCAGUGUCUGGGUGUCCUUUGUGCCUGCCUACCUGAGCACCAAAGGGAAGUACAUGGUGGCUGUGCAGGUCUUCUCCAUCUUGGCAUCCAGUGCUGGUCUGUUGAUCUGCAUCUUUAUCUCCAAGUGCUACAUUAUUUUACUAAGACCACAUAUGAAUGUAAAGGAACAGCUAAUUGGAAAAACAUAA